UCUACUAAAAACUACCCACCGAACUGAUCAAAAUUCGAGUUUCUCCCCCAACAAAAUUCAGUUGAGGAGGUCAUCUAUCUUCCACAACAACCAAAAAAAAAAAAAAAUCGCAGAAAUUGGAGAACAAAGUAGGAAUGUCAGGCGUGGUGGUGAAGCUGGGCAUGGCGGUUCCAAAACCAAACCACGCCCAAAAGUUGGUAUGGGUCCGCAGUAGUGGCAGUACUACUCCUCUUUCUCUUUCUCUCUCCUUAAAUAAAACCCACCAAGCUAGGAGAGAGAACAACCACAACAACAACAGACUUAUACUACUAAGCGUAUCACCAACGUCCACCGCUAUUUAUAGAGACGGAUUUCGAAGAAUUGGAUGGCGGAGGUGUAUACCCCAUCCCUGCGCACCCCCGGCGCACGAUAAGAAGAAUCCCUCCCACCCGCCGCCCAAAAAUCCCCCUCUAGGGUUCUCUUCUUUUUCUUCCUCCGAAAAUCGCGGAGCUUUGUCGGCAUCUUCUUCUUCGUCGUCUUCUUCGUUGUCGGAAGCCGAAUCCGGUGGUCUUGUUGUCGAUAUGGGUUCGGAAAACAAGCACCAGGAUUUCAACGGGAAAGAAGUGAAUCAAGACCUCAAACAAUCGGCUUCCUCCUCCAAAUUCCUCACCCUGCCCACCGUUCUCACUCUCGGCCGCGUCGCCGCCGUUCCGCUUCUGAUUGGCACUUUCUACGUGGAUAGUUGGUGGGGACCAACUGCUACAACAAGUAUUUUCAUCGCCGCAGCAAUUACCGAUUGGCUUGAUGGGUAUAUUGCUAGGAAGAUGAGGUUAGGAUCUGCAUUUGGGGCUUUUUUAGAUCCAGUAGCUGAUAAGCUCAUGGUCGCGGGAACGUUGAUCUUAUUGUGCACAAGACCUUUUGACGUUCCCGGAUUUGGGCAGGUGCCAUGGCUACUGACUGUGCCUGUUAUUGCUAUUAUUGGCAGAGAGAUAACAAUGUCUGCCGUUAGAGAAUGGGCAGCUUCUCAGAAUACCAAGCUUUUAGAGGCUGUUGCUGUAAAUAACUUGGGAAAGUGGAAAACAGCCACGCAGAUGACUGCAUUAACCAUCCUUUUAGCAACUCGAGACAGCAGCCUAGGAGCACCGGGAUUUCUUGUAGCUUCUGGUGUUGUUUUGCUUUAUGUUUCAGCUGGACUCGCCUUUUGGUCUUUGGUUGUGUAUAUGAGCAAGAUUUGGCGAGUACUAAUGAGGUAGUACCCCAACAGAGCCUGCUGUUCUGAAAUUCACCGACACAGGAAAAAAUAGCUUUAUAAGGGGGGGAAAAAAAACUGCAUUUAAAGAGAGGCAAGCAUGAAUGGCGCAUCGUUUCUAUACAGUAUACACGAAUGGCACGUCGUUUCGGGGCUAAAAUGGCGAGUUACAUUUGUUUUUGUUUUUUUGUUGUGUUUUUUCCCGUGGGAGAGUUACAUUUGGGUUUGAUAUGUCGUUUUUAAUGAACGGGUAUUAUAGAAAAAAAACGUUUAAAUCUUCAAA